AUGCACUGUUGGAUUUUACUUCUGCCUUACUUCCUUUUGCAGUUCUCCACAUCCAUAUCAGGGGUCCAAGCAAGACGAGGUGGUGAAGGCGGAGAUUCAGACGACUACGAUUCCGGCGAGAAUAGCGGGGGCAGCAGUAGCACCGACUCCUGCGCCACGCCAAAACAGCCAACCGUCUGGAAAUGGGACUUGAUCCCCAAUAAUGUAGGAAACUACACCUCCGACGGCACCUCGGGCAGCGACACAAGCUACGACGGGUCCUUUUUCAAGGGCGAAGCCUCCCUCCACUACAUGAUCACUGAGAAUGAGACGUGCUACCGGUACCUGCACGACGCUGAGAAUACCUUACAUAUGCUUGGGUAUGUCUGGGUGGGCCCACAGGCACCCUACCCAGUUGGCCCGACCAACCCUAUAAUCAUCGGCUUCAAGACAUGGGAAUCGCGCAGGUCGUUGGACAAAAUUUCGGACUCGUACAGCUAUAUCCAGUGGGAUGACAGCAAGAUUAGUUGUCCCAGUCGCCCGGAUCUGUUCAGGAUGACGACAACCUAUGGAUGGACUGAUUGGGAUGCGCGGAUGUACAAAGCUAUCGAUGUGAUGAAUAUGACUAUCUCCGAGGCCCCCGCUCCCGCUCACGGGGACCGGGACCAGGACCAGGGCAGGGUGCGAUUUAACGCGACAAUGCCGGAUAAACUUGAUCACGAUACCACAUGGCUUUUUAGGUUUCCCGGGAGGAUAUGCUCGAGUAAUCUGGACUACUUCGAUACUCCCCCCGAACAAUUGGUAAUGAAUGGCUCCUUUACGAAUACGACGUUCGACUUGACGCUUUCGGGGAUUGGCAAGGCAGUGAAACCUAGUCAACUGGUGGCUGAAUUCCGCUUGACCUUCUCGGGGGUAUUUGACGGGGACAAUUCCACAGAAAAGCUGAGUCUGCGACAGCCUGGUCAGCCGCUGGUUGCGUGGGUGCCGAAUUCUGGCCUGCGUGUUGUCUCGGUUGGUUGGAUCCCCAGUUUGAUAUGCCUCGGGGCUCUUAUGGUGUUUAUGUAA